ACUGAUAAAUCUUCGCUUGUGUUUUUUAGACGAUUGUUUAAUAAAAAUUUCUAGCUUUGCUUUUCCGUUCGAAGUGAUGAAAUGAAUAAUAUAAGCAAAUUAGCAGCGUUGAAGGGGACAGAGAGAGAGAGAGUAUGUUUCUGAAAAAAACAAAAAGAAAGAGAGAGUUAGAAAGAUAGGCCGUAAGUGGUGGUCAGAACAUGGCGAGAGAUAUCGAUGACCUGCCAAAAAACCUAGCCAACUACACUGCGUUGACGCCACUCUGGUUCCUCGACCGAGCAGCCACGAUUCACCCAACCAGAUCAUCGCUUCUGCACGGAUCCUUCCGCUACACUUGGCUCCAGACGUACAAGCGGUGCCGCCAAUUGGCUUCCGCCCUAACCAAGCAUUCCGUCGGCAUCGGUAGCACUGUGGCAAUAAUAGCACCAAAUGUCCCUGCUAUGUACGAAGCACACUUUGGAGUUCCAAUGGCUGGAGCUGUGGUUAAUUGUGUCAAUAUACGUCUGAAUUCACCAACUGUAGCUUUUCUUCUAGGCCAUUCAAAAUCUGAAGUUGUGAUGGUGGACCAAGAGUUCUUUUCACUGGCAGAGGAAGCUUUGAAAAUAUUGGCAGAAAGUGGAAAUUCUUUCAAGCCUUCACUUUUGAUUGUCAUAGCUGAUAAAAGCUGUGAUCCUGGGGCUCUGAAACAUGCUGUGGGAAAAGGGGCCAUUGAAUAUGAGAACUUCCUUGAAAGUGGUGACCCUGAUUUUGCUUGGAAACCACCAGAGGAUGAGUGGCAAAGUAUUGCUCUAGGUUAUACGUCUGGAACAACGGCCAGCCCUAAAGGUGUGGUGCUGAGCCACCGAGGAGCCUAUCUAAUGUCCUUGAGUAAUCCUCUAAAUUGGGGGAUGAAUGAAGGGGCUGUAUACUUGUGGACUCUACCGAUGUUCCAUUGCAAUGGUUGGUGUUUCACUUGGGCUCUUGCAGCUCUUUGUGGGACAAACAUAUGCCUUCGACAGGUUACAGCCAGCGCUGUCUAUUCUGCUAUAGCAAAUAAUGGUGUCAGUCACUUCUGUGCUGCACCUGUUGUACUCAAUACCAUAGUGAAUGCUCCUAAGGAGGAGACUAUCUUACCUCUACCCCGUGUUGUACAUGUAAUGACUGCUGGUGCUGCCCCACCCCCUUCAAUACUCUUUGCAAUGUCAGAAAAAGGUUUCCGUGUAACACAUACUUAUGGUCUCUCAGAAACGUAUGGCCCUUCCACCGUGUGUGCAUGGAAGCCUGAGUGGGAUACCGAGCCUCCCAUAAUCCAAGCCCGUCUAAAUGCACGCCAGGGCGUUCGAUACAUUGGCUUGGAAGGCCUAGAUGUUGUUGACCCUAAAACUAUGAAACCUGUCCCUGCAGAUGGAACCACCAUGGGAGAAAUAGUGAUGAGGGGCAAUGUUGUGAUGAAGGGCUACUUGAAGAAUCCAAAAGCCAAUGAAGAAGCUUUUGCAAAUGGGUGGUUUCAUUCUGGAGAUCUUGCUGUGAAGCAUCCAGACAGCUAUAUAGAGAUUAAGGACAGAUCAAAGGACAUUAUCAUCUCUGGAGGAGAAAACAUAAGUAGCCUGGAGGUAGAAAAUAUACUGUACACACAUCCAGCAGUAUAUGAGGUGUCGGUUGUGGCUAGGCCAGAUCAGCAGUGGGGGGAGUCCCCUUGUGCUUUUGUGACAUUGAAGCCAGAAGUUGACAAAACGAAUGAAGGACGUUUGAUUGAAGAUAUAAUAAAGUUUUCCCGGUCGAAGAUGCCUGCUUACUGGGUCCCAAAGUCCGUAGUGUUUGGACCAUUGCCAAAGACAGCCACUGGGAAGAUUCAGAAGCACUUGCUGAGGGCCAAGGCAAAAGAGAUGGGCCCUCUCAAGAAAAGCAAGCUGUAAUUAUAUUCUGAAUUUAAAAUGAAUAAGUCAUGUUCAUCUUUGCCACCAAGAUUCUGCAAUCAACUCCCUUGUAAUUUCUUCACUGAGCGUAUACCUAUUGCAUGAUCAGUGCUUUAGAGGUAGGAUUUAAGUGCAGGACUAAUGGGGCUACAGAUACAAUAGUGUCCAUGUCUAAAGGAGUAGCUUGAUUUGAAUAAAGUCACCUUCAUUAUCUGUA